AUGACGCACCAGUCCCCCACACUCUCCGAGGCGCAGAAGAGGGAGCUACAUGAGACUGCUCUACGCAUAGUUUCUCCAGGGAAGGGCAUCCUGGCUGCAGACGAGUCUGUCGGCAGCAUGGCUAAGCGGCUGGCUCAGGUCGGGGUGGAGAACACAGAGGAGAACCGCAGACAGUACCGGCAGAUUCUCUUUAGUGCAGACGAUCGCAUCAACGGCUGCAUUGGAGGGGUCAUCUUCUUCCAUGAGACGCUGUAUCAGCACACUGAUAACGGCGUAGCCUUUGUCAAGAUGAUCAGGGACAGGGGCAUCAUGGUCGGCAUCAAGGUUGACAAGGGUGUCGUCCCCCUGGCAGGAACUUGUGGAGAAACCACCACACAGGGUCUGGAUGGAUUGUCGGAGCGCUGUGCGCAGUAUAAAAAGGAUGGAGCUGUCUUUGCAAAGUGGCGCUGUGUGCUUAAAAUCAGUGACACCAAUCCAUCUAAACUGGCUAUAACAGAAAAUGCAAAUGUUCUUGCACGCUACUCCAGUAUCUGCCAGCAGCAUGGCAUCGUGCCCAUUAUAGAGCCGGAGAUUUUGCCUGAUGGAGAUCAUGACCUGAAACGCAGCCAGUACAUCACUGAGAAGGUACUGACUGCAGUGUACAAGGCCAUGUCGGACCACCAUGUGUACCUGGAAGGUACUAUCCUCAAACCCAACAUGGUUACCUCUGGACACAGCUGCCCCACCAAGUACAGCCCAGAGGAGGUUGCUAUGGCAACUGUCACCGCCUUGCGCCGCACUGUCCCACCAGCUGUCACAGGAGUGGCUUUUCUCUCAGGCGGUCAGAGUGAAGAAGAGGCCUCUGUCCACCUCAAUGCCAUCAACAACUGCCCUCUGGCCAAACCCUGGACCCUAACGUUCUCCUUCGGACGAGCCCUGCAGGCGUCUGCACUCAGAGCCUGGAGAGGACAUAAAGAGAAUGAGAAAGCCGCCACUGAGCAGUUCAUCAAGAGAGCAGAGGUGAACAGUCUGGCAUGUCAGGGGAAGUACCCUGGAGGAGAGAACUACGGUGAGGCUGGCCAGCGCAGCUAUGGUUCCUGUCAUGCAUACUGA